UUAGUGCAUAUGUAAGGUAUUUAUAAAUGAAGGCAUGAGCAGGGUUUAUCAGCAGCACGUGUGUAAAAACACUGUUGGUUCAGGUGGAGUACCACUGUAAAGAAAAACUAUAGGAGAAUGUUAAUCCAGACUGAAAGGUUACAGAAUGAAAGAGGUCACCCCAGCAGGGAUUAUCAAAGAAUAAGUACAAUCGCUUCAUGCAGAUGCCAAAUACACAAAGAUUCUUUGUUUGGGCCACAACAAAACCCUCGUUCUUCAGUGUUGCGACACCCACACAGAAUUACAUGGUACUGGCACUACAGAGCACACAUAUGCUGGACCUUGCACUGAAGACUGAGACGCAGCAUGGAUUCUGUUUUCACUCUGAGAAUGUAGGAAAGGAAGUAUUUUGGUAAAAUACUAGGAUUGCUUGAGCAAACGAUGUGACGAUGAGAAGACUGGUGGUUGCUUGAAAUUGCCUCAGCAAAUAGUCUUCAAAGGAACAACCGAGAGCAUUGAAGCUCGACCAUCUACAAUAUCAUAGGCAUAAAGCAAAACAUAACAAUGGAUAUAGAGACUAGCACAAUUCCUCCAAAGCCUCCCAGGCUCGCAGUAGAAGAAGAGGCACUUGCAUCCCAGGUACUAGAGAUCAUCGGUGGGAUCACUCAUGAAGCCCUGCAGACCCUGGAGGAACCCGAAGAAAAAGACAUGUGGUCAAUGGAGGAGGGAGAUGACUCUGUUUUCUACAGUGACGAGGACCAAGUUCAUCAGGACAUUAAAACUUGUGGUGUUGGUGCCAACCAGUGCAAGCCUCUUGUCAACAGUGUGGCAGAUGUUGAGGAAGAGCCAGGGGAAGAACACAUUGCUGACAAAGAAAGUUCAGAGUUGAAAAAGGAACGCCAAGAUCUCCAAACACUAAAAACUCAACUUAUGGAUCAGUCAGAUCCUGAAGAUCCAGAAACACAGCCUGAUCUCACUUCAGAGAACGCCUGUGGAGAAUCUUCUAAGUGCACUAUUGCAGCGAUGCAAACAGAGAAAAAUACAUCAGCAGAAAAAGUUUUCCCCUCUCUUUUCUUUUCAGUGAAUCUACCAGUUGAGAAAGAAGAAGUGACACCAAACCCUGAGCCCUCUGCUGUCACUAAUGAGCAGCGUUACGAGAGGCUGAAUGGGGAGGCAGACGUCCCACAGCAGAUGUCUAAUGCCGAUCUCCAGGUAUCAGGUGACAGGCUGCUUCAGGUGGAGCCAGAGCAAGAGCGCAACUUCCACAUCUCUGGGGGGCUUCAUCAAAAGAUAAGUCCAGGAUACUCCACUCUGCCUCUGCCGAAGAAAUCCUGCAGCGGCGAUGAAGACCAGAAGUCCUCCAAUCACCUCUCUGCCUCCAAAUAUGGUACCGUGUCCUACCGCAAGAUCCGCAAAGGCAACACCCGCCAGAAGAUAGAGGAGUUUGAGUAUAUGAUGAUGAAUUUGUAAGAAGAUCACUGAUUGAACAUCUUGUGAUACACAGUUUACAUAUUUAUUUGUUGGAAAAAUGUACUUUAAGCAUAACAAAUCUCUGAUGUAACUCUAGGGUCACACAAGACUUCCAAAUGAAGAGCACUAUUUUUACUGUGCAGUAUCUGAUUUGAGAGCAAUGCCUAAAAAACAUCUUGUAUGUUGUUUUUCAUUAUGUGGUUUUUAUGUUGAAAACAUCUUGUUGUGUAAGGCAGGUAUUUGGGCACUGGAUUACACUAAAUAAGACGCUCAGGGCUUUAUAAUCCUAGCUAUAAUAACUAAGAUGUUGUUUGGUAUUAAAACUUCAGCAUCUUAACCUCUAGCAUUAAGGUUAAGAAUUUAGAAGUGAUUAAUAGAACCAUCAUGCAUAUUUCAUGUCUUAGUAAUGGUUUCUGGAUUAAAAAUGAAUAAUAAAGAGGUAUAGCUCAUUAAAUCAAAACAUG